GCCCCGAGCCCCGGCCCCGCGCGGCCCGCGUCCCCGGCCCCAGCUGAGCCCCGGGGGCCCCCCGCUGCGGCCGACGCCAUGUUCCCGGUGUACCCUUGCACGCUGCUGGCCCGCCCCCUUCCCCGUGCUGGGCUGGACUCCCGGGGGGUGGGCGGCCUCAUGAACUCCUUCCCGCCAGCUCAGGGUCACGCCCAGAGCCCCCUGCAGGUCGCGGCUGAGCUCCAGUCCCGCUUCUUUGCCUUCCAGGGCUGCGCCCAGAGUCCAUUCCAGGCCGUGCCCUAGGCCCCGGCGGCCGAGCCCCUCCAGGUGGAUUUGCUCCCCGUGCUCACCGCUGCCCAGGAGUCCGCCGCGGCCGCCGCCGCCGCCGUCUCUGCCGCGCCCCCGGCUCCGGCCGCCGCCUCCACGGUGGACACAGCGGCCCUGAAGCAGCCUCCGGCGCCCCCUCCGCCAGCCCCACCCGUGUCGGUGCCUGCGGCCGAGGCCGCGCCCCCCGCCUCCGGAGCCACCAUCGCCGCGGCGGCGGCCACCGCCAUCGUGGCCCCAACCUCGACUGUCGCCGUGGCCCCAGUCGCGUCUGCCUUGGAGAAGAAGACAGAGAGCAAGGGGCCCUACAUCUGCGCUCUGUGCUCCAAGGAGUUCAAGAACGGCUACAGCCUCCGGAGGCACGAAGCCAUCCACACGGGAGCCAAGGCUGGCCGGGUCCCCUCGGGUGCUAUGAAGAUGCCCACCAUGGUGCCCCUGAGCCUCCUGAGCGUGUCCCAGCUGAGCGUGCCCCAGCUGAGCGUGUCCCAGCUGAGCGGAGCCGGCGGGGGAGGGGGAGAAGCGGGUGCCGGCGGCGGCGCGGCUGCAGUGACCGCGGGUGGCGUGGUGACCACGACCGCCUCGGGGAAGCGCAUCCGGAAGAACCACGCCUGCGAGAUGUGCGCCAAGGCCUUCCGCGACGGCCACCACCUGAACCGACACAGGCUGUCGCACUCGGACGAGAAGCGCUACCAGUGCCCGGUGUGCCAGCAGCGCAGGGACCGCCUGAGCUACCACGUGCGCUCACUUGAGGGCGCGGUACACAAGCCCUACGACUGCUCCCACGGUGGCCAGAGCUUCUCCCGGCCGGAUCACCUCAACAGUCAAACAGAACGGCCCUUCAAAUGUGAGAAAUGUGAGGCAGCUUUCGCCACGAAGGAUCGGCUGCGGGCGCACACGGUACGACCCGAGGAGAGGGUGCCAUGUCACGUGUGUGGCAACAUGCUGAGCUCGGCUUAUAUUUCGGACCACAUGAAGGUGCACAGCCAGGGCCCGCACCAUGUCUGUGAGCUCUGCAACAAAGGUACUGGUGAGGUUUGUCCAAUGGCGGCCGCAGCUGUGGGCUCCCUCUCGGGGGCAGAGGGGGUGCCUGUGAGCUCUCAGUCACUUCCCUCCCAGCCCUGGUGAGCUCCAAGUUGGUUGGCGGGGAGAGGGGAGAAUGGAGUAGAGUCCUUUGGUACAGGCUCCUCUCCCCCCCCUUUUCCCACCAACUCCUCACUACUUCCCCACCAACCAAGGAGCCUCCGGAAGGAAAGGAGGAAGCAAUGUUUUAGGGGAAUUCGCUAGGUUUUAACGAUUUGUUUCUCCUGCUCCUCUCUUCUGUCAGACCUGACCCCACACAAACCUGUCCCCUCAGUUGUGCUGAAGUCCCCUGGACAGUGGGCAGGGGUGGCAGAGGACAGGAGCAACCACUGCCCAUACCCCCUCUCCUCUCUGUAAGCCCGUGCCCUGUCCUCCCAGGGACUUGUGAACCUCUUCCCUCAAUGGCUCUCUUACUUUCCUUCCAAUCCUCUCCCCGCGCUGUCUGCUGCCCCUCCCUGGGGAGUUGGUGCUUUCUUUUCCUUUUUCUUUUUUCCAGGAGGAGGGAGGAGAGGAAAGAGGGAGAUCCGAGCUUCUGUCCCAGAGAGGGAAAGCGGUGCGUUUUGAGGAGGAGCAGAAGCAGGGCCCGCAAAGGUUGUACCUUCAUAAGGUGGUAGGGAGUUUGGGUCGGGCCCUGAACAUCGUCCUACUUGAGAAUCUGUCAGGGGAAAAAGUUCAGGGGAGCAGAAGGAGGAGCCAGGAGGGCAAGAGGCAGAGGAGAGAUGGAGUUUUAGGGGCCAGGGUGAGCGAGGGGUCCAGGGCCUAGAGGUGCUUCCUGGGGGUGGGGGAAUGCAGCCAGUGUCCCCCUCCCUUCUUCCACCCCAGCUCCAGCCCUGGUCUUGUCUUUUCAUCCCUCUUCCCCACGACAGAAGAAACUGUGGCCCUGGCCAUGUCAUCGUGUUCUUGUGUCCCCUGCAUGUACCCCACCCUCCAUCCCCUCCUUUUGCACGGACCCCAUUACAAUAAAUUUUAAAUUAAA